AUAACUUGAUAACCUUAAUGUUUAUAACAUAUACGAGAGGGAUGAUGCUGAUAACAACGCUUUUUUAUCACAGAAGUACCAGAAGCCAAAUACUUAUUUUGCUAAUUUUUCUGUUUCUGUCAUCAAACUCAAUUAAUCAAAGCACUUAAGACCAAUAUAUUACAUAAAAUGAUCAGGUUACAUUCCAAAUGGAUUUCUCUGUAUUGUUAGAUCCUCAGAGUUUAAUGUAGAUGGUACCUUUUAAAACCUUAGUGCUAUUUAAUGUAAGUGCCUUCCCGAUGUAGAAAUUUAAUCUGAAUGGAAAAGACUCCUUUAGUAAAAUUGUUUUGAACAAUUAGAAGUGUCGGCAGAGAGAAUCUUCUUGUAUUUUUAAAUUCAGUUCAUAUUUAUAAUUUAUUUAAGCAGUGAAGAUGCCAUUGGAUUUUACUUCAGACUAUGAUUGAACUUGGUAAUCCAGGGUUUCUCCACCCAGUGCAUUAAAUCAGGCAGCCCCAAAGGGUCUUGGUAGUCCAGUGUUUAUAACAUCCUUCUUUACCUGCUAAUCGAGCUCACUUCCUGGAUUUCAGUCCGUCUAGUUAUCAGCUAACAAAAGAACAGCUUUUGGUUCCUGCAGACGCUGGUGAAAAAAUAAUCAUGAGAAAGAAAUCCACCUUAUGCCAUCUUUUUUGCCUACAAAUAUAAACUCAGCCAUCAUACAGCUAACAACAGGUACAGAGGAAAGAUGCAAGCUCUUUCUUGGGAAGAAAUUACAGAGAAAAUGAGCAUCCUUUCUCAAGGUUUUUAUUUUCCCUGAUCUACAAGUGAUGCUGCUGUAAUUCUAGCUGCAGUUUUUACCGAUCAUUCACCACUCAGCAGCUGGUAGAGAAGUAAGACUGCUUGGCAACCACCUGCAGGGCUGCAGAGAUGAAUUACAUUUUCGGGAACAACACACUUCUAUACUCUCGCGCCAGUCGAGGAGGCAAUACUAGCUCUAGCCAUGGCUCAGUAGGCCCAAAGCAGAAACACUGGGCAAAAAAGGGCUCAUCAGAUGAACUGCAAGCUGAGCCAGAACCUUCACGCUGGCAGCAGAUAGUUGCAUUUUUCACUCGAAGACACAGCUUUAUUGACUGCAUCUCGGUAGCCACCAGCUCCACCCAGCCAACAGAAGCUGUAUCUCCCUCUUCUCCCACUGUCCCUGUGAUCCCUGUCCUGCCAGUCCCUGCUGAGAAUACUGUCAUCCUACCCAUCAUACCACAGGCAAAUCCUCCUCCAGUACUGGUUAACACAGACAGCUUGGAAACAUCAACUUAUGUUAAUGGCACUGAUGCAGAUUAUGAAUAUGAAGAAAUCACACUUGAAAGGGGAAAUUCAGGGCUUGGUUUCAGCAUUGCAGGAGGUACAGACAACCCACACAUUGGAGAUGACUCAAGUAUUUUCAUUACUAAAAUUAUUGCAGGGGGAGCAGCUGCCCAAGAUGGAAGAUUGCGAGUCAAUGACUGUAUUUUGCGAGUAAAUGAAGUAGAUGUUCGUGAUGUAACACAUAGCAAAGCAGUUGAAGCAUUGAAAGAAGCAGGAUCUAUUGUACGCUUGUAUGUAAAAAGACGGAAACCAGUAUCAGAAAAAAUAAUGGAAAUAAAGCUCAUUAAAGGUCCUAAAGGUCUUGGGUUUAGCAUUGCUGGAGGUGUUGGAAAUCAGCAUAUUCCUGGGGAUAAUAGCAUCUAUGUAACCAAAAUAAUUGAAGGAGGAGCAGCUCAUAAAGAUGGUAAACUUCAGAUUGGAGAUAAACUGUUAGCAGUGAAUAGUGUGUGUUUAGAAGAAGUUACUCAUGAAGAAGCAGUAACUGCCUUAAAGAACACAUCUGAUUUUGUUUAUUUGAAAGUGGCAAAACCCACAAGUAUGUAUAUGAAUGAUGGCUAUGCACCACCUGAUAUCACCAACUCUUCUUCUCAGCCUAUCGAUAACCAUGUUAGCCCACCUUCCUACUUGGGCCAGACACCAGCAUCACCAGCCAGAUAUUCACCUGUUUCUAAAGCAGUCCUUGGAGAUGAUGAAAUUACAAGGGAACCUAGAAAAGUUGUUCUUCAUCGUGGUUCAACAGGCCUUGGUUUCAACAUUGUGGGAGGUGAAGAUGGAGAAGGAAUAUUUAUCUCCUUUAUUUUGGCUGGAGGACCUGCCGAUCUUAGUGGAGAGCUCAGAAAAGGAGAUCGUAUUAUAUCGGUAAACAGUGUUGACCUCAGAACUGCCAGCCAUGAGCAGGCAGCAGCUGCUUUAAAAAAUGCUGGCCAGGCUGUCACAAUUGUUGCACAGUACCGACCUGAAGAAUACAGUCGUUUUGAAGCCAAAAUACAUGACUUACGGGAGCAGAUGAUGAAUAGUAGCAUUAGUUCAGGUUCAGGUUCUCUUCGAACUAGCCAGAAGCGAUCCCUCUAUGUCAGGGCCCUCUUUGAUUAUGACAAGACUAAAGACAGUGGCCUUCCUAGUCAGGGAUUGAACUUCAAAUUUGGAGAUAUCCUCCAUGUUAUUAAUGCUUCUGAUGAUGAAUGGUGGCAAGCCAGACAGGUUACACCAGCUGGUGAAAGUGAUGAAGUUGGGGUGAUUCCCAGUAAACGCAGGGUUGAGAAGAAAGAACGAGCCCGAUUAAAAACAGUGAAAUUCAAUUCUAAAGCAAGAGGAGAUAAAGGGGAGAUCCCUGACGACAUGGGAUCAAAAGGCCUGAAACAUGUAACUUCUAAUGCCAGCGAUAGCGAAAGUAGUUACCGUGGUCAAGAAGAAUAUGUCUUAUCUUAUGAACCAGUGAAUCAACAAGAAGUUAAUUAUACUCGACCAGUGAUCAUAUUGGGACCUAUGAAAGACAGGAUAAAUGAUGACCUGAUCUCAGAAUUUCCUGACAAAUUUGGAUCGUGUGUUCCUCAUACAACUAGACCAAAACGAGAUUAUGAGGUGGAUGGAAGAGAUUAUCAUUUUGUGACUUCAAGAGAGCAAAUGGAAAAAGAUAUCCAGGAACAUAAAUUCAUUGAAGCCGGCCAGUAUAAUAACCAUCUUUAUGGAACAAGUGUUCAGUCUGUGCGAGAAGUAGCAGAAAAGGGCAAACACUGUAUCCUUGAUGUGUCUGGAAAUGCCAUAAAGAGAUUACAGAUUGCACAACUUUAUCCGAUCUCCAUUUUUAUUAAACCCAAAUCCAUGGAAAAUAUCAUGGAAAUGAAUAAGCGUCUGACAGAAGAACAAGCCAGAAAGACGUUUGAGAGAGCCAUGAAACUGGAACAAGAAUUUACUGAACAUUUCACAGCUAUUGUACAGGGAGAUACGCUGGAAGACAUUUACAACCAAGUGAAGCAGAUCAUAGAAGAACAGUCUGGUCCUUACAUUUGGGUUCCAGCAAAAGAAAAGUUAUGAGGACUGAUGUUUCUCUGUUUCUCUUUUCCACAGUCUCAUUUUCUUCAACACUUCUUUGCCCUUUCUUUCUUGAGUCUGUCUUCAUUUCUUCUUUCUUGUUGAAUCAUAUCCCACUCAUCAUGGUCUGCAGUUGCACUUAUUUUUGAUGUCUUAGUGUCUCCCUCAAGUUGUACCAUCUGUAUUAUUUCAUGUCACUAUUGGUUUGUGGCCAUUUUUCACAGCUGAAGAUGGAAUGGCCUGACCAGCUAUUAAUAGGAUUUCAAGAGACGGGGUAAUUGUGGUAAAAUUCCUUAAUGUUUAAGGGAAAGUAACCUUAAGAGAUUUUUCAGAAAAGCUUUAUGUACAGUCUUUCCAAAUUUCAAUAUAAAUGAAAGAAAAGUGGUUUUAAUGAUUUAGUGAAUUUUGAGCAACAAUGCACGCUUAACUUUAAUAGCAUGGUUUGGCCAAUAUGUUAACUCUCAAGUCCUUUUCUCAAUUGACUCUGUUAUCAAAGCAAAUAUUUCAUACAGACAAAUAACAAAAAUAUAUGUUUCUUAAUUUCAAAAUGAGUAUCUGAGUUAACUAAUAAUUUCACAAGGGAUAUUCAUUUUUCAUAAGCGUUCUUUGUAAAAGUCUUUUAUUAUUUGAAGUUUGUUUUUUUUUCCUCCCAGUAGAUUUGCUAGGAAUAACAGUGUUUAAAUGUUUUUAAUCUCCUUGUGCAACACUAUUUAUAGUGUCUUACAAAAGUUGUUCAUACAUAAUGAUCAUUAGAUUUUUCUGAAUUGAGGCCAUGUUUAGGUGCUUGGGGAGCUCACCUUUUACACAUAAGGUUGAGAAGAUUUCAUGGACAUAAAUACAAAACAGACAUUACAGUGGUAAUGUAGUAUUCAUUAUGGCAGUGGGAAAGAAGUCCAAUACAUAGUCUAAAACUUUAAAUACAUUCUUAAGGGUCAGAUUUUAAUGAAUAUUUUACCCACAAUAACUGACUAUUUUGUUAUAAUAAAAUAUAUAUAUAUAAAUAUAUAUAAAACUUUCUUUAAACUCUAACUAUGGGAAUUAUUUUCUUUACAUAGUUGCACACACACACAAACAUAUAUAUGUAUAUUUAAAAUAUAUUUUUUUCUUUUGCCACCUACUCUUUUUGUUUGAUUUUUAAAUUAAAUAUUAAUUGAUUAGACUUUAUCUUCCUUAAUCUUGUGAAGUGAAAAUGAGAGUAUGGUGGUGUGCAAAGAAACCUUUAGGGAAAUUAGGUUAUAAGUAAAAACAUGGGCAUGUUCUCCUCUUUUCUAUAAAAGUUUUCAGAUGGUUCCUGGUUGGUUUUUUGUGGGGGGUGUUUUUUCAGGGGGUUGGUUUUUUGUUGUUGCUGUUGUUCUUGUCAUUGGGUUUGGAUUUGGUCUCCACCUCUUUCCAGUUCUCCUUUAUUAACAGGCAAAAGCCUCAUGUGUAUGAGUGUUUUCCUCUCAGACUGUACACCUUUCAUCUCUUGUAGCUGCUCUGCUGUAGAGUUGCACAGGUCUUCAUGGUGAGCAAUUAAGAAAUUUUAGUGAAAAGUAAAUAACAAUUUCAGAAAUCAAUUUCUCUGGUCUUUUAUAAUACUGUUUGGCUUCCCAUGGCUUUUUUUGGAGUUGUUUAUUGAAUAUGUGUUUUUGACAGCCUCCUCAUUACAGUUUCUUAAACAAAUACAUACUGGUUUGUAAAGAAUUAUCGACGUUAUCCAUUCCAUUUAUGAGAAAGAGGAGAACAGCUAAUAAACUUUAUCGUAAAAUCUG